AUGUCGUCGCAUGCGGUCUGGUCCGGUAACGGUCACACCAUUCUCUAUGCACCUUUCGCCUACAAAAAUGUCGUUGGUCCCGAGCAUUUCUGGAAUCCAGACGCCGUCCACGCUUUCUUUGCUCGGCACUGGAGUUCAUCCAUAUAUUUAGCCCUCGGCUACGUAGUCAUCAUCAAUGUAUUGCAGCGAGUAAUGGAGAAUAGGAAACCGCUCAGUAUGAAAUGGAUAUUGCUUUUAUGGAAUGGCGCGUUAGCGGUGUUCAGCAUGAUGGGUACAUGGCGGUUUGGUCUCGAGUUUUUCAACAUGCUCACGACA